GCAGACUCUGGCUACCCCGCGUACUUGGGGGCGAGGCUGGCGAGCUUCUACGAGAGGGCCAGCCGCGUCAAGUGUUUGGGGUCUCCGGAGCGCGAGGGUUCGGUGACAAUUGUGGGGGCAGUGUCUCCUCCUGGGGGGGACUUUUCAGACCCCGUGACAACUUCGACGAUGUCGAUUGUCCAGGUCUUUUGGGGCCUCGACAAGAAGCUGGCGCAGCGCAAACACUUCCCCUCAGUUAACUGGACUUCUUCUUUUUCUAAAUACUUGCGCUUUUUGGAACCCUUCUUUGAUUCUUAUGAUGAAGAGUUUGUGGGACUUCGCCAGAAGAUAAGUGACAUUUUGCAGCAGGAAAACGAACUGACGGACAUUGUACAGCUCGUCGGCAAGGACUCGCUUUCUGAGGACCAAAAGCUCAUUCUCGAAGUCGCCAAAAUCAUCAGAGAAGACUUUUUGCAGCAAAACGCUUUUUCCGAUUACGAUUAUAUGUGUCCCCUCCACAAGACGGUGGGGAUGAUGAAGACAAUUUGCCUCUUCUACGACCAGUGCCUGAGGGUGAUGCAGGAAACUGCCGGCAGUGAACACCGAAUCGGCUGGGGCACCAUUUAUAACACUUUGAGGCCCACAAUCUCGAAAAUCACAAGUAUGAAGUUUCUCCCGCCGCUGAAGCCCGAGGACGAGUGCAAGGUUUUCUUCAAGAGUCUGGAGAACGAAAUUGUCACAGCGCUUCGCAACUUAGCCGAAAAAUAA